GCAUGUCCCCGUGUAAUGUGUGUCUAGUGUUAGUAAACAGUCAUUCUGUAUGGCGACUUAGUGCAGCACAGUCGCCUGAAUACCAGGAGACAGCAUAGAAAGGAUCAUGUGGCUGCUGCAGUGUGGUGUCGUGUUAGGCAUCCUGUUUCUCCUCAUCCUGGUUGCAGCGCUCCGCUUGUUCGCUUUCUUCACGAAAGGCAUCUGCCGUAGCACUGCCAGCAUGAAGGGCAAGACGGUCAUUAUUACUGGGGCCAACUCAGGUAUUGGCAAAGAGACAGCCCGUGACCUUGCCAGGAGAGGAGCCAAAGUUAUUAUGGCCUGCAGAAACUUGGAGACUGCACACAAAGCAAGGGAUGAAAUCAUAAAGGACACAGGGAACGAAGAAGUGAUCGUGAAGAAGCUGGACUUAAGUUCUCUCAAAUCGGUCCGUGACUUUGCCGACGACAUCAACCGCACAGUGACAAAAGUUAACGUCUUGGUGCACAAUGCAGGACUGGCAUACAUGUUUGACCCCAAGAUCACUGAAGAUGGAUUAGAACUAACAAUGGGAACUAACCACUUCGGCCCAUUCCUCCUGACACAUCUUCUAAUUGGAUUGCUGAAGCAGUCAACACCAAGCCGUAUUGUUAUAGUGGCCUCAGAGCUGUACCGCCUUGCCAAUCUGAACUUGAACAACCUCAACCCUGUAAGUGGUUUUCCUGCAUAUUUGUACUAUGUAUCCAAAUAUGCCAACAUUGUGUUUGCACAGGAGCUGGCCAGAAGACUUGAAGGCACAGGAGUAACUGUAAACAGUCUGCAUCCUGGCAUGAUUGACUCAGGAAUAUGGAGAAAUGUACCAUUUCCAUUAAGUCUGCCACUAAAAAUCAUAAUCAAAGGUUUCUUUAAGUCUCCUGAAGAAGGUGCCCAGACAACCAUAUACCUGUCAGUGUCUGAAAGUGUGGAAGGCGUGUCUGGAAAAUAUUUUCUCGACUGCAAGGAAUACUCUCUGUCACAUCGGGCCAAGGAUGCUGCAACAGCAAAGAAACUGUGGGAGCUGAGUGAAACAUUUGUUGGUUUGAAGCCAAAUGACCCACACAUUUGAACUUCAUUGUAUCAGUUAGAAGACUGCAAAUGGUGGGCAUAAAUGUUAAAGUAAAUACGUGGAAAUUUGAAGUUUGAAAUUAAAAAUGAUAGUCCUGAUACACAUUGAAUUGUUUGUGUAUGAGAGAAAUAGAGAGAGAGCAAAAUGGAUGUAGAGAGAGUACGUGAACUGAUUCAUACAAGAAUAUAUUUUAUAGUUUAUUAUUGAUACUUUGAGAAUAAAAAUGCAAUUUUGCUCUGAAGAAAUACCUUAACUCUACCUUUUUCCAAUUGUUAUCAUUCUGCACAAUACAUUCUACUGACAGAAAUGUAUGUGUCCUAUGAAAAUCAACCUUACCAUUGUCGAUGAGGAAACGUUUAUCUGUGUUAACAUACAACCAGCCAGAUCUAAGAAUUUAGAUUUUAAUGCCAUAUUUUACCCCUAUGUAUUAAAAUAUAUUAUUAUUUGUAUCUUGA